CUUAAAUGGACUCCAGAAGAUGGUAGAGGACAGGAAGACCUGGAGGAACAUUGUCCAUGGGGUCGUGAUGGGUCGGACACGACUUCGCAAUUAACACCACCACCAACAACAAAAAUCUUGGCUAGUAUAACAUUUUCAAAAAGUUAUUUAUUAAUAUUGGUAAUACUGUCUAGAAUAAUAAACACCUUCCCAAGUGCUAAAUGGUAGGCUUUGGAAGAGUAUAUUGAGAACUUUUUCUUGAAAGUAUUAUGCUUUUUUCCUAGUAACUAAUUCUAAAAUUGACUGAUUCUCCUUUUCAAUAAGGAUGGAAAGCUAUUUAUUUCCCUAUAGGCUCCUUUAUAGCUUAAUUUGCGGUUUGUAUGAUUAUUGAGUUAUUUCUAGCUGCUACUUAGAGAUAAACCUCUUGAAACAGUAUCUGAGGUAAUAAUCAUGCCUGCUGAAAGCCAUCUCAUUCUAAAUAUUUGAAAAGAAUAUUUGAAAAGAAUGGCAGUUUUGCAUGCAUAUAGGUCUGUCCUUUUCCAUUUUUCAUAACGGUUAUUUGCCUUAUCUUCACUGUUGUGGUUGGGUAGCUGGUUUUGAAACCUUGCUCUUCGGUAAUGGUAAUGAUUGAUAUCAUAAGCUGUUUUAGAAAAACUGGGGUUGUUUAUUGAAAUAUUCUUCCAUAAUUCCUUCUGAGGUAGCUUUCUUACAUGAUUUAUGUCUGAAAAGACAAUGAGUAAAAUAUUUUUCCUUGUCUAAUUCCGUUUAGAAUUUUGAAGUUAACAGAAUAGAUCAUUUGAAGUUCCAGCAACGAAGCACCAGUUGAAUCCUCAUGAGUUUCUCCAGCACUGUUGAUAAGUGAUCCAGCUUAUUCUAAAGAUAUCUUUAGAUGCUGACAGCUCAGCUGGAAGGAUUUAGCUUUGAAUAGAUUUCCAUAAAUGGAAAGAGCAAGUGGAGAGAGAAGGAGAUUGUGAAUGUAUUUGUGUACACCUUCCUGUGUAUAGAUAAUAUGCAGCAGGUGGUACUAUCUGCUACUGAUUUUAGCAGUUUCCACUGAUAUAAAACCAAAAUUGUCUAUAUGUGUUUUUUUAUGUAUUGGUUGUUCAGUAUCACAAUAUUUAAUAAAGUAAGGUGUUUUUAGUGAUACAGGACCUUAAACAUUAGCCAUCAACUAUUUCCCCCUUUUAAGUAAGCAAACAAAAUAUUAUAGUAUAAACAAAAUACUGAGGCAAAUGUUAUUUUUUUUUUUUUUAAAAAAAGGUCUGGCUUUAGUGAAGAAUCAGUUUUAAAAUAAUAAUUGAAGGUACAUGUUACAAAUUUUUCUUGAAAUAAUUGUAAGGAUUUAAAGAUAUAUGGCUAAUAUAAACUAAGAAAAUAUAGAAAGUAAAGAAAAAGAAAUACAAAAAGAUUGAAAAAUAAAAUAAAAUGUAAGCAAUAAAUAUUUAUAAAAGAUAACUUCCCCUUCUUUCCAGAUAAGUAUAAAUGAUUCCAGUAACUUAACACCUUUUAACCUUAAUCUAAUAAGUCCAUUUUGUAUUCUAAUUUAUCACUUCCUACUUAUAAACAGAUUUUUAAAAUCUUGUCAUUCGGUGCUUAUUAAAAAGAAAUUCCAUUAAUACCUCUCAGAAGUCACAAUAUAUUAACCCUGAUCAAAUAAAUCUACUUCAAAUUCCUUUUGUUUAUUUUUUCUUAAUCUUUAAACCUAUCAGAUAAUAUUCCACAAGCUGAUUUCUUACUUUGUUUCAGGACAACUUCAUUAGUUUAAUACGUUUUUUUGUAAAUCCAACAUAAGGCUUUCCUAUCACUCUUCUGAUUUAUUAUUUGUAGGUGCUUUUAUUUGUAAAUCCAUUGUGGUAUCUUUUUCCAUAUCGCUCUUCUGAUAUUUUUAAAUCCAUUUUCAGGUCUACAACAUCUUUUUUUCUAUAUCACCUUUAUAAUCUGGCAUUUAAAAAAAAAAUCCACAUUCAAAUUGGCAUCGGUUUCUGUUUUAUCCAGUAAGAUACGUUGUUCUAUAUCCUCUGUUAUAGUAUCAGGCAAUCUUGUAAGUAAUUUUGAGUUCAUUGUUCGCAAACAGCCUUAGAUUCUUCUAGUCAAAUAGUAUUGAUCUAUUGUAUUAAUGGCCUGCUUCUUCUUUAAUUGUAAUUGUUAGUUCUCUCUGAUUCCCUGUAGUCAACUUUCAAGUUAUCUCUUACCAGUUGUUUAUUUUCCAGUCAACAAAACUUUCCGUGUAAGGAUUUCUGACAAUUUCAAAAUCUUCAUAUAUUCUUUUAUAACAUUUUGAAACACUUCACAGGGAAUAUUCUUUCAAGUCAAUCUAUCCAUUUAACUUUUCAAAAUCAGCAUUCUGGUCUCCCUUUUGCUGUUUUUCAAAAAUUAAAGUGUUUUUUCUUUUUAAUCCCUAAACUUACAUAGAACUUCUUUCUUCCAAGGUAGGACAGUUUCCUGUUCUAAUGUAACAUGUCCUUCACCUGCCGUCCAGAAGGUUCUUCAUAAGGAAAUAAUAAGCAGCUUCCUAAAGAGAGAGAGAGACCAUCCUGUGUUCCUUUGAAGGAAGGUACUGAAUCGUACCUCAGGCAAGAUGGCCAACUCCCAGAGCUCUCAAACCUGCUGGAAAUAUUUAUUUUAUUUUUUCUCUGCAGGGAAAUUCUGUAUGGAGGAAACUGGUGGUUGAUCCUUAUUCUCUCCUUGAUCUGGAGAAAAGUUCCAAGGAGCCAAUCCAUUCACUGACUCCUUUUUUCACUGCAGUUGUCAGCUCCGCAUUGGUUUCCCCAGAUAUUGCUAUGUUACAGGUUUCUGAAUGAAAGUUAGGGUACAACUUUAUAUUUCUUGUGUGUGUGUCUCUCAGGGGAUCGAUUGGACUGUCUUGUUUUUUUUUAUUAUUUGACAUCACUAUUGUUAUGAUUUUGUACUCCACAUCAUAUAUUAUAUACUACUGGCAUAUCUUCUUGGACUACGUCUAUAAAUAUACUUGUAUGUUCUUGUGGAUUGAACUGGACAUAACAGUUGACUGCAACAGUCUAGACACCCCAAUCAAGUGGAAGCAUCUGUUCAUGGCAGCAAUGUGCACUGUUCAGAUAAGACAAUUGAAGCAGCAGAAGCCUUGCUUCAUAUGGAAUCUCCAACCUGUUUAAGAGAUGCUAGAAGUCCAGUGGAAGUUUUUGUUCCACCUUGUGUGUCAACUCCAGAGUUCAUCCAUGCUGCAAUGAGACCAGAUGUAAUUACAGAAACUGUUGUGGAAGUAUCUACUGAGGAAUCUGAACCAAUGGAUACAUCUCCUUCACGAACUUCUCCAGAAAUCCAUGAGCCCAUGAAAAAAAAGAAAGCUGGUCGUAAGCCAAAAUCUCAAGCGCCAUCAACCAUUUCCAGUUCAUCUCCGGACCUGGGUAUAAAAAAGAAGCCAAGAGAGGGCAAAGGAAAUACAACCUAUUUGUGGGAAUUCCUGCUGGAUUUACUUCAAGAUAAAAAUACAUGCCCUCGAUAUAUCAAAUGGACUCAGCGAGAAAAGGGCAUUUUUAAACUUGUGGAUUCAAAAGCAGUUUCCAAGUUGUGGGGAAAACACAAGAACAAGCCUGAUAUGAACUAUGAGACAAUGGGAAGAGCCUUGAGAUACUAUUAUCAAAGAGGAAUUCUAGCAAAAGUUGAAGGACAAAGGCUAGUAUAUCAAUUCAAGGAAAUGCCCAAAAAUAUUGUUGUUAUUGAUGACAAAAGUGAGUGCGGCGGUGAAGAUUUAGCCAUGUCCACUGAUGAGAAAUCAUUGGAACGUGUAUCACUGUCUGCAGAAAACCUCUUGAAAACAGCGAGUUCUGCUCGCACAGGAAAAAGCACUUCUCAGUUGACCUGCACAAGAUCAGAAAAAUCUGUUGCCAGAGUGAAUAUCUCCUCACCUGGACAUGAUAUGUCAUCUUGUUCUCCCACCACAACUACCGUUUCAGCAACAACUGCUCCCAGGGAGGAUUUUCAGUGUUAUAGUGGAGAGACAGCAAUAAGAACUGUUCGGGUGGCUAUGCAAGUGCCUGUUGUAAUGACAUCUCUGGGACAGAAAAUAUCAACUGUUGCAGUGCAGUCAGUAAAUGCAGGGUCGCCAUUGAUUACCAGCACAAGCCCAACAACAGCAACAACCCCAAAGGUAGUUAUCCAAACAAUCCCUACAAUGAUGUCAUCAUCUGCUGAAAAUGGAGAGAAAAUCACAAUGCAGCCUACAAAAAUAAUCACCAUCCCUGCUACACAACUUGCGCAAUGCCAGUUGCAAACAAAAACUGGUUUGCCAGGGACAGGAAGUAUUAACAUAGUUGGAACACCUCUGGCUGUCAGAGCACUUACUCCAGUAUCUUUAGCCCACGGGACACCAGUGAUGAGAUUAUCAUUGCCUGCCCAGCAGGCAAGUAGCCAUACUCCACCCAGGGUAAUUAGUGCUGUUAUAAAAAGUCCAGAGGUCAAAUCUGAAGCAGUGGCUUUAAAGCAGGAACGGGAGAUUAAAACCCUGCAACUAGUACAAGAAGAGAAACCAGCAGAUGGAACCAAAACAGUCACUCAUGUCGUCGUUGUUAGUACACCCUCAGCUAUUGCCCUACCUGUACAAGUGAAAACAGAAGGAAUAAUAACAUGCGAAAAAUGAAAAAAAGCAGCUGUGAACAUUAAUUACAUAGUCCAUUGUGGAAUUAAGCAAACUGACAUACAUAGGAAGCCAGGGAAUUGGACACAAAGAAGAAGUGAAAGAACUGAUUUUUUAAAAAAUUGUUAAUAGUUAUGCAGAUAUUAGAAAUUUACAGGAAGCAAAAUAAUGUCCCAUGUUUCAGUGGGAAUUGAACUAGAUCUACACACUGACACAGUUGCCUCUUGUAAAUCGGGGCUAAGCUGAUGAAGAAAGAAAAUUCCUGGAGCCGAAAGGAAUAGCAGGUGAGCACUCAGGAGGCUCACUGCAUUACCAGUUACACUAAGACAUAGAACACUAAACUGGUUCUGUGCGAGAUUCUUGGCUUAUGUAGAUGGAGGGAGCAUUUAGAAGAAGCUCAUUGUUACACAAGACACAUUUGAUGCAUUUGAAUAUGCAUACCAGCAAUUACUACUGUGUACUCACAGUGUUCAACUGGUGCUACGUGAAAAAACUCUGCUACUAGGUAUUUUUGAAUGUGAAUAAGAAAAGAAUUAAAAGAGCUUCUUACAAGAAGUUGAAGACUUAGAGAUUUUUUUUUUUUGUCCCAUGCAGCUUAAGCAGAUUUUAAAACAAAAGCCUUAGACUGAUUUUCAGUUACCUUUGUUGAAAUAAGCUAAUGGCUUGUUUGUGUAAAGCAUUUUUUAUUAAAACAAUUUUUUAAAAAAAUCUUAUACCUAGCACAGUAUUGUUAUAGAAUUACCUGUAACAUAUUUUGUAUGGUAAUCAAGUCUGUUGGUUUCUUAAUUGUGGUCAAAGCGGCCAGAGGUUGUUUAGCCUCUUGCUGCUUGGAUCAUCCACUUCGCCUGGACAUCUCUGCAUACAUUUCAAUUUCAGCUUUUACUCUGUCACUUGAAAGGUCACGCUUGGCAUGAACUCUUGUCAGGUAGAUUAAAAGCCUGUAUAUUUUUUAGUUGAAGUUAGAGGAAAGUACCAGUGUUCAAAAUGAACUAUAAUAGUUUGUAUAUUCAACAUUUAAAGUAUAUUCUAUUUUGUUGUACUCUUGUUUCAAAGUGUAUUCAAGUAGGUUUUACUGAAAUACAGAUAUGAAAUUUAAAA